UUCAUAAUCUACGGAGCACAAGUACGAGCUGGUACGAGGUAGUACGAGCAUUUAACAGUGGGUAACCUGUGGCGCAUGAAAGUUCAUUCUUCUUGUCUAUGUGACUAUGUGACACUUCAAGUCUUCAGUCGGGCCGUGUUGCGGGUCAUGAAAGGGUGAUGGGUAUUCUUUCAUUUUACACAUUGACACGAAGUUGACAUAUUGUGGAAAAAAUCUUAUGUCGUUCCGCUUUUCUCUCUGAUAUUAUUUGAUGAUUUUCGUCAGAUCCACUAAUGGCAGGAGAGUUGCAUAAAGGAAGGUUUAUGGUUCCAGUUCAACCAAGACCACUUCUGUAUUUACGUAUAUUAGAAAACUCCACAAUGUUCUAUUGCGAUAUUGAAAUUCACCAACGAUGGAAGAAAGAAAACUUACAAACUCGUGUGACACUUUGGCAAGGUUAAACAAGAAUGAACAUAAAUUAUAUGAAAAUCAAAAUCAUUGUAUCAAGCCAUUAUCUAUCACAUUUGAUAAAGAAGAUGCCGAAAUAAUAAACCACAAAGAUUCUAUUAAUGAUUCAACAAAACUCAAUUAUUGCAAUAAUUCCUCAAAAGUAUUAUUAUAUACUAAGGAAUCUCAAAACUCUCAAGAAAAAGAACCACCCUCACCAACUACUCUACAAUGGGGUAGAGCUAUAGCUGAAGUAAAAGAACAUGCUGUAGCAAAAUUACAAGAUGAACUCAAAAGAGCACAUGAGGAGUUAAAAUUGAAAGAUGAAGAAGUUACAAGACUUUCAAGAAUUAAGCAAGAUGUUGAAGUUGAAUUGGAGGAACUCACUGCCAGUCUCUUUCAAGAGGCACAUAAUAUGGUGCGAGAAGCAAAUAUUCGUCAAGCUACCGCAGAACGUCUAUUAGAAGAAAGUCGUAUGAAAGCUGAAGUUUUAGCUGCUGAAGUGGCAGCUUUAAAAACAUUGGUAUUAACUUCGACGCCAGCUAAACCAAACUUUCAUUUACAUCCGCAAAUUGAUACGAAAAGUCGUCCUAACAAUGAGGAUAAUCAGCAAGGACUUUUUGCAAGAAAACAUAGAAGAUCACCAUCACAUUUCAAUUUAAAAUAUGGUCGAGAGAGUUCUCCACCAGAUUCUCCACUAAAAGAACAAAGACCAUCUUUACCAUCAGAUCGAGAAACAUUAGAAAGAGAUUGGAAAAAAGAUUCAGAAAAAGAAAAAGACAAAGAAUGCAAAGAUUUUGGCCUUGAAGUUGAUCCUAGAGUACAUACAGAAUUUCUUAAAUGGAAAGCCAAUCCAUGUGUAGACAAAGGUGAUCCUUUCGUUGACAGAAUUUUUAAAGAAGAUAUCGAUCUUUGUCUUGAUUUUCCUAACAAAGAAUUGGGUACAAAAGUUAGACAAGCUGUUCUUGAUGGUAUCAUUUUUAUCGAAGCCAUCAGUGAUAAAACUAAAUUCACUUUUCCAAAAAAAUGUGUAUUACUUGAAGCACCACGUCAAUGUUAUUAUCGAAUGAGACUUGGGGAUCAAGAAAAUCAGUGGUAUAGCAUAUCACAAAUCUGUCGCAAUCGAAUCAUAGCGGUCUGCGAUUUUUUGAAUUAUUUACGCUAUAUUGAGCGCGGCCUUGUUAAAAGCUCAGUUCACGAUGUUUAUUGGGAAAUUACUCGAUUACGAAAGGAAAUGGCAUUUGCUCGUUUGGGCCUUGCAUUAUCAUCUUAAAUGCUCUCCAUGGAGGACUUUUUCUAGUCUUAAAUGUAACAAAUUAAGCCAUGGAUUUGUUAUUAUUCAUUUAUAAUUAUGAACUGUAGGUUGUUCAAAAAUUUUAAUCGUUCCAACUCGAUCUCUUUUUUUAUCUAUUGAUCGAGAUUUUUUUAGAGUAAGUGUUAAAGUUUUAAUAUAUGAAAGCUCUCAGAUUCCUCUAUUAUAGCGUAAAACGCUUUGAAUUAUUUAAGAAGA